GGAGGGUUCCCUCCCUAGUCGUCACCACUGCCACCACCAGCAGUUUCUUGCAGCUAGUCUGCGCGCCUUGCCCUGCUGCCGCCAGCACCACUUCGGGCUGCUCGAGUCGUACUGCACCCUCCACUCCCUCGGCGCCCUUCCCCUGGCCCUGGUCCCCCCAAUGUCUGACUCUGACUCUCGGACUGAGAAACGUAAGAAAAAAAGACCAAAUGGCAAAGCAACCUUCAGAUGUAAGUUCUGAGUGCGACAGAGAAGGUGGACAAUUGCAGCCUGCAGAGAGGCCCCCCCAGGCUCCCCAGCUCAGACCUGGGGCCCCUACCUCUCUGCAGACAGAACCUCAAGGUAAUCCAGAAGGUGACGGGGACCGCUGCUCGCAGGGCAGCCCUCAGGGCCCACUGGCCCCACCAGCCAGCCCAGGCCCUUUCGCUACCAGAUCCCCGCUUUUCAUCUUCGUGAGAAGAUCCUCUCUGCUGUCUCGAUCCUCCAGCGGGUAUUUCUCUUUUGACACAGACAGGAGCCCGGCACCCAUGAGUUGUGACAAAUCAACACAAACCCCAAGUCCUCCUUGCCAGGCCUUCAACCAUUAUCUCAGUGCAAUGGCUUCCAUGAGGCAGUCCCAGGCUGACCCUGCAGAGCUGCGCCCGGAGGUGUGGAUUGCUCAAGAGUUGCGGCGAAUUGGAGACGAGUUUAAUGCCUAUUAUCCGAGGAGGGUUCUUUUGAAUAAUUACCAAGCAGCCGAAGACCACCCGCAAAUGGUCCUCCUGCGACUGUUACGUUACAUCAUCCGCCUGGUGUGGAGAAUGCAGUGACGGGCGCCGUGAGCGUGCAGGCAUGCACAGACGUUGUGCACGUCCACACCGCGAGGCCGAGCCCCGCCCUCACCCGGUGCUGAUCCUGUGCCACCAGAGGUCCCUCCCCAGCAAGGGGCGGGCGGCUGAGGAUGCCGGGCCAGUCUGGACUUCACCUGGCGCAUUACCGCUUGGCACAGGCUUCAAGUGGAAGGUCCUUGUGAAUGUAAAUGAGGGAGGAUGUUCGGUUUUUGUUUGGUUUUUAAUGUACAAAUCAUGGUUUUUCUUUUUUGGAAACGAUUUUAUGCAAGAAUGGUGUUUUUACAUGUACAUGUGGUGUGCGUGCGUGUGUGUGUGUGUGUGUGUGUGUGUGUGUGUGUAUGUGUGUGUGUGGGUUCUUUUUUUACCUUCUUUAAUAAGGGCAGGUUUUUCAAAAAGGAAAUGGAAACUUUUUGACAAACUCUUGAAUGAUUUUUGUACUAAAAUCUUAAGAACCUAUUGCCUACACUCAGAGGAUUAUGUAAACUCUGCAGUGGAGACUGAGCCGGCUACUUUAUACAGCUGCCUUAGUUUAUUUUUAGAGAUUACUGUACAGCAUUUUUAAACAGGGAGAGGUAUGCUAUGCCCCGUCCCCCCUCACCCCCCAUGUUCCCACUCCCUGGCUUUGCCUCUUUGACUUUUUUUUUUCUUUUUAAAUAGGACUAUUAUACCAAAAGAGUCCCUGUGACAAUGGGGCGGGUAAAGGGCGGAGGGUCCGUAGCCAGCCUGGGCUGACCACCGCUCCCGUGUUGUAAAUGCCCACUUACCUCUUUCAGUGCAGUUGGCUCUGUGCACGAUUCCAGGCUACUGGUGAGUGUUUCUCCGGCCUCCUGUGUGAGCUCCCCUCGUCUGUGGACGCAAACCACGUGUGAACGUUUCACACCCAUGGGACUGUUGGCCUUCCUAGGAGCAGGCUUGUCACACGUGAGCUGCCCUGUGGAGUCCUAGCUAGUCCCCAGCCCACCCCACCCCCCAGCCCCCAAUGCAGCUCAGUCCAGCACAGGGUUUCGGACGGGCACUGCCCCUGCACAGUGAGCAGUGGAGUGGGGGCAGCACAGGCUGCCAUCGGGGUCCGGCGUGCCCUGGCUUUUAGGCCAGUUAGAGUCCUCCCAACCAGAAGUGCCCCGGGAUUUGGGUGGUGGUCCUCCUAACCCAUCUUGAAGUGUAGGUUUCACCAGUACAGCAGGAGAGUUGGUUGGGCGGGCAGAAGUCUGCCGUAGGCCCUCAGCCUUCUGACAGCUAUCCUGCAUUCUCCAUUGCUCUGUGACAGCCAGGUGCAUCCCGGGCCUCUGUGCUUUCCCCUCCCCAGCAGGGAGCAGGUUGCCCCCCACCCCUUCCCCAGCCGCAGCACUCUGUCUGAUAGCUGGUGGGGGACCCUGGAUUGGGGAGUAGUGAGAGAGAGGUGGGGAGAUCAUUCUGUGAACCCUGUAAUCCUCAGCAAUCUUUUGGAAACUCAGACCAUUAAGAAGGUUUUUUAAGACAAGAGUAUGAGUUUUCAAAGGAGUCAUGAGUGCCAACAGCGGUCGUGUGUGUGUGUUUUGCCGUGUGGAGGACCAGUGUUUUCAUAGGGUUAAAUACAUGGAAAACUUAUUCACUUGUCUCCUCCUAAUUAUAUAUAUAUAUUGAAUACUCACUUUUUCCUUUAGAUAGAGACAGUUUGAUGGCAAAUAUUGCCCCUCACCUUUUUUCUUUUUAACCUUUCCCUUUUUUCCUGAAAGUUGUCCUGUUUGUUUUGAAGCUGUGUUGGAUCUUUGCUUGUGUUCUCGAUGUGUCCUGAACCCCCCUGUAGGGUCACAGAACCCUGGGCUGUCAGGAGGGAUGUUGGGAGGUCAGCCUCAGGGCCCGCUAAGCACACCCACCAAAGACAUACUUGGUUCUGGGCCACUGUGCCCCCAGGAUACCCCCCACCCCGGUCACGUGCUAGUCUGUCUCCCUGGCUGGAGCACUGUACUCUCUGUUCAGCCAGGACUGUGCCCCCUCUGGCGUGGCAGCCCCCCAUGAGGAAAUAGGCAACCCUAUGAACUGUGCAAGUAUUACCAAUGGGAUAUCGGCGGGAUGACAGCCGUCUGUACAGUGUGUGUCUGCCCCAAGGCCUCCCUGCAGAAAGUCUCCCCCCACGGGUAUGCCUCUCCCUGCCUUCCCCGCCUCUAUGUUUUUCUAGGUAGAAGAAGGAAAUAACUAGAUUCCCCACCCACCCCCCACUUUUUGAGAAAACUGAAUGCGGGUUUUGUGCCUUGACACCCUCUGUCCACACGAGGUGUGUAGAAAGUGCCCUGUGGCUUAGACCAGAAAUGCAAUAAACACGCAGCGCCUCGGGAAGCUGCGUCUUCCCAAGGCUGCCCUCCCCCCUCCUCCCCUGCACAGCUGAUUUUGUGAAGGAUUUUCUCUGGUUGGGGAGAAACCAGUGUAAAAUUGCUUCUGAUCAAAAACAAAUGUAUAGCAGAAAGUGUUUUGUGCCCCCCCCCCUUUCCGGCUUCCCCCCUUCUUAAUAGUGUAUAUAUUUUGACUAUUUAUUAGAUUAGGAGGUCAUAUUUUCUUUACCAACUGAGCCAAAAUGUCUGUGUGCAAUUGUGUUUCCUUUUACCUUUCUUGUAAAAAUUUGUACAGCAUAAAGAAGUAAAAAAACAAACAAAAAAAUCAGUUUUUUUCCUUAAAAUUUUCAGAAUUGAGGAUUGUAAAUAUUGUAGAGAUUCCCUUUCUGUGUAAUGAUGUGUCCUACUGUUUCAUAAUGCUGUAACUUGUAAAAAAAUAAUGUAUAUUUAUUUUCUGCUUAUUUAAUGCCUUCACGUUCUGAAGAGUAUUGACUCCCUGCCCCACCCCCAAGCCCUGCUGUCCCGAGUGAUGGUUGGUCAGCUCAGUGCGGGCCUGGCGUCUCCGGUUGCCAAUAACUCGAUGGUCAGAUGGGCAGGCACUCUUGAGUUUCCUUGUCCUGUUAAUGAAGUCCGUGUUGAAUUGCCAGUGGGUGACUGUAAUUCUGACAGACAACAAGAUGCAACCCCAAGAGUCCCCCAGCAUCUCUGUUGCAAAGCGGCCAGCUCCUCAGAGAAGCACAUCAGGUUGAGUCCAGGCCGUAUCUGAAAAUGAAGCGUAUUCUCAGCAGUUGGGGGUGAAAUAGCCCCCCACCCCCAGACAACCUAGUGUUCAGAGAAAUUUUAAAGGUGCCCGUUUCAGAGGUUAGCCUUGAGGUGGACCAAGGCCAGGUGGGGUCGUAGGUCCAGGUGAGUGAUUCCCGGCCAGGACCCCCUUGGCCUGGCAGUGUGGCCGCUGCUCUUGAGAGUGACAUCAGGACCACCUCAUACCACGAGCCCCCCUUGUUGGUAACUGGCUUUUUCCCUCCCUGCCAAAUGCCUAAUCAAUUCUUUGAGGUAUGGACCAGUAGUGGUCCUUGGGAGCCAAUUGUACAAGCCCCGAUCCCCCUGAACCAUGCCUGCGUUUGACCAGCCUGCUUCUUCAAGUGGAUGCCCUCCCCCUUGGGUCUUCAUCCUUUUUGAGAGAAGCCGGCAUGGGGUGGGGGCACCAGUGGAUGGACUAGGUGUUGAGAUAGGAAAGCUCAUGGAAGCUGUUUGGGAGACAGCUGGUAGCUCUGUGCAAAAAGGGUUCCCUCACCCCUGCUGACUUAGUGUGGUGCCUGCGUGUGCUUGGAUGUGUUCACACGUGACGCUAGGUCAGCCCAGGCAGCCCCUGCUCUUCCGUGGACAGCAUGUACAAGAAGCAGCCUCAGGCUCCCGGCUCUGUGUCUUGACUGCUUGUGUGUGGACUUGUCAGCCUCCAGAAGCUCCCCAGUGUAAGUCCAGCUUCUGUGAGCACUUGUUACUGUAUCGAGACUCAUCAGGUACCCGUUUAUAAAUAGCACUGACCUGUCUGUAUACUGACUCAUCACUAACUUGUUUCCUAGGACCCAGCGUAUGUAGCAUUUGUACUGCAAUUUCCCUGGCUUACUUGUGUUUUGCACUGAUGAAUUUUGACAGGGUAAUUGCCACUUUACUUGUGCAAUACUGCUGUAAAUAACUGCAGAUUUUUUUAAGAAACUCAAUCUUUUAUGUUCUUGAUGAAUUUUAUAUAAAUAAAACUUUCAACUAGU